AUGAGGGAACAUGGGAGGUACAAGGACGACAAGCGGGCCAAAACAUCAAAGGUCCAUACCACCACCAGCCGGAGCCCGUUUUCCGCUAACAUUCUGGUGGAUACUCUGCCAAGGAGCUACAAGCGUAUCUCAUUAGAUUAUGAUGGCAUCAAAUGCCGAAUAUUCUCUACUACCCUGACUGGGCCAGCCCAGCUGUGGUUUGGAACUCUGGCCCCAAAUUCCAUUCAUUCUUUUGAGGAUCUGCAAACACGUUUUCUGAGGCAAUUCGCGAGUUCACGAAGGGUUGGGAAGUCAGCCCUUUCCUUGAUGGACAUAAAGCAAGAUCAAAAUGAAACACUACGGGAGUACACUGCCCGAUCCAAUCUCACCGCUCUGGAGGUGCCAGAGGCGAAGUCGCACAUAAAGAAUUGUACCUACGUCAGAGGGUUGAAGCUGGGGCUCUUCUUCGAUGAAUUACAAAUCAGGCCAGCCUGGGAUUUCGACGAUAUCAUGGCAAGGUUACCAGGGUACUUGCAAUUGGAGGACGCCAGGAUGGCGCGAAAGGCCGAGAAUGAUAAACACAAGGCUAAAAGGGCCGAAGCUACACCGGAGCAGAGUAACAGGAACCAGGAUCAGGCGGCUCCCUUCAGAGGGCUUCCCUCGAGGGCACUUCCUCCGCAGACAGAGGUGCCACCUCGCCAGCAGCCCACUGUAAAUGAAGUCAAUCGUUUCGACGAAUACACCCCCUUGAACAUACCACAGGAGGAGAUCUUUCAUAUAAUUAAGAAUCAGCCAUUCUUCAAGGCACCAGGAACUUACAGGGAUGGGCAGCCGCAGCCGGGGCCUAAUAAUAAACUAUGUAAAUACCACAAUUCUUACGGGCAUUAUACAAAACAAUGUGGGCAUCUCAAACACCAACUGGAGUUUUUAGUGCGCCAGGGUAAUCUGGAUCAGUUUAUAGCCAGAGGAAACGAAGGCCAGGGUCAGAGGCAGGAUCAAGGAAAUGAUCAGAGACAAGCUCAGGGGAAUGACCGGAAUCGAUGCCCGGAGGAAAACCGCGAUCAACAUAAAGGGGCCGUGCAGGGUCGGGCACUUCCCCCCCCCCAGAAGGGAAACACAUAUGAUUUUCGGCGAGAAUGGGAUACCAACUUCCAAUCGGGCCAAGAAACAAGUCGUGCGGGCGGUAAGGUCGGGGUAUUACCCCAAGCAGAUUCAGGAAGUGCAGUGAACAUUCUAUAUCUGGAAUGUUUGCAGAAUAUGGGGAUUGAAGCUAACAUCGAGCCCAUGAACGCCCUCUUGUUCGGAUUUGGGGGGGAAAUCGUCAUGCCGAUGGGAUUCGUGGAGCUACCAGUCACCCUCGGUAGGACGGAUGCUUGCAAAACCAGGAUGAUACGAUUCCUAGUUGUAGAUAUGCCCAAACCAUCUUAUAAUGUGAUACUUGGACGCCCCGCUCUGACAGCAUUCAGAGCAGUUAUUUCAAUGUUCCACCUGAAGAUGAAAUUCCCCAUCGCAGGUGGAAGAGUAGGGGAAGUAUGGGGUGAUAAAAAAAUGUCAAAGGAGUGCCAUGUGCGAAUACUUACACAUUCUUCGGGUCAGAAAAGAGAAAGGAUAGCAGAGGGACCAGAUACUAGGAAGAAAGGGAAGGUGGGCGAUGUCGCUGCUCUGGCAGAGGAAUGGCAGGAAUUGACAGAGCUGCUAAAUGAUCGGGAUAACACAGAGAAAUCCGCUCUGGUAUCCAUCAGUGGAUUUCAAACGCCGUAA